GUUUCUAAUGCCGAUGAGAGAACACCUUUGUUGGACCCCAGUCACUCAGAUCACACACAGCAGAUUCAGGGAGCCCGUACUGGACCGCAUCACUCUCAGCGGAAUCAAAGAGAUGACGAACAGUCCGAGUUCAGCAGAAUCCUGAGACAGACAGCAAUAAAUGUUAUUGAUGUCACAUCAACGGAAACGCACAACUUAGAGCAAGGGGAAUUGCAAGACAGAGCCACACAGUAUAGCAAUCGGUUAAAUAUGGUCUUGGCCGGUUCCAGAAGAACUCUCAUAUACAAGCCAAACUUACCGGCUGUAAUCACCUCUCCUCAAAUGACAUUAUCGGCUCCUCUAGUCUCAUUAGCCGAUGUUCGCAUGAUUACAAACAUCAGUGAGAAGCUAGCGGCUGCUGCCAGGGACAUCAAGAUCCAGCACAAGGAGAGUCUGGUGGUGGCCUUCGCUGUUCCGUGA